AUGUUGCUCCGAUCAACACUGUGGCGGUCGUUGUUGAGCCUGAUAUACUCGAAACGAAGUCCAGAGGUUGUUAUACGGAAAUGGAAGGAGGAGGGCCACACGGUGUGCAAGUACGAGCUCAAUUGGAUCUCAAGGGGGCUUUGGUAAGCUCAAGCGCUAUAGCACGCACUCUAGAUGCAAGAGUGGAUGACACUUCGGCAAGAUAUAAAGCUUCUACCUGGCGAUUAUGUUGUCUACUGGGACUUGAUUGCAAAAGUCUGCAGUUUGAGCACUGCAGAAAAGUUUUUCGAAGAUCCCCCUGAUUGAAUGAGAGGUCACUCCCCUUGUUUAGCUCUUCAUCAUACGAGCAAAUUGUCUACCAAAGCUGAGGCUCUUAUGGAGAUAAUAUCAUGGUGUGCUUUCCUGAAAUGUCCCCCAAUAAACCAUACGCUAUUACUGUCCAUUUCAAAAGGUCAACUAGAGAAGGUAAAAGGAGUAAUUCAGGAAUUAAAGAGAAACAUUUAUCCAGAUACUGUUACGUACAACUUAUGGUUAACAAUCUGUACCGUGCAAAAUCAUAUGGAAGCUGCAGAAAAAAGUCUUUCUUGAGCUGAAGAAGGCUAAAACAGCUUCCCAGCCUCGUCCAACUUGGGCAUGAAGAAGACGAAGAAAAGGGCUCCUCAAAGAAGUAAAGUUGCUUAUUUCUCUCUUAUCAGUUUUGUCUGUUGA